CCAAUUAAUCUCUGCUAGUCAAAGAGACUUACGAUAACACGCUGUUGAUGCUCGAUGUAGCGAGUCAUAUUUGCAAAUUCCGCCAUAUUUGAACGCAUAAUCUUUCAUUGCCAUAUGACAGACAAUGAUAUUUCCUAAAGCUUCACAGGAAAAUUGAUUUCUAAUCGUGCCAUUCUGAUGCUUUCCAUAGAUAUGGGUGGCAAGCAGUUUUUGAUUAUUUUCGUAGUGUCACUUGGGAUAUCAACUACGAACCAAAGAGGUCUUCCUUGCAGCGCUAGCUCAUAUUCCAGCCAAGAUGUUUACUGGCCUGAUAUUGAGGAUGGGACUUGCAGUGCAUCUAUUCCAGGCUGUACCAACUCUGAAGGAUACAUGGAAAUACGUUGUUGCGACGAUGGUCAAUCGAAUGAGAUACAUUGUGUCAGAAAUGAUACUAUUCAGGAUCCAAGAUGCCAUGGAAACAUGAGGAGUACCAUCGGCAACGUGAAUAUAGAGUUUUGUUUUGAAUUAGUUAACCAUACAACUUAUCCGUUCAAAUGUACAUCAAAAACUGGACUUAUGAUAACUCCAAAUGUAACCACUUUAACAACUAUAGGAGGGAGUGAUACUGGCAUAUGGCUGCCUGUUGAAAAAUAUAUAAAUUCCCUCAGGUACACUACUGUAAAUCCCUCUUAUAUGGAUUUCUUUGGAGACAUCUUACCUGUACAUCCUUCCAAGCCUUGUGUGAUCCUCAUAGGAGGUAAAACCAAAGUAGUCUCAUGCAAUGAACAUUACCUAGGUAUCUGCUUGGACUAUCCCUUCAGCAUUUAUAGAGUGCGACAAACAAAUGAAUUAGAUACUCUCCUUUCAGAUGUGAAGGUUUUUUGUUGGAACGAAAUAAAUGAAUUCUGUUCGUUUUUCAAGCAAGGAUAUCAUAUGAAUUUAAUAUAUUUUUCCAGUAGACUAUACGCUGCUGAGCCUUACAUCGUACUUCAAAAAAGCAAUCUGAGGCUGAUUCUCCAAAUAAGAAAGAAUGAUCCUCCUCAAGUGGACGGUACUGUAUACCUUCAUGUAGCCUUGAGUGAAACGGAUUGGGAUAUCUUCAAGAAUACUUCGUUUCCAUUAACCCCUUACGAAUCAACAAAUGAAACUCUCUAUAUUGCACCGAAAGUAAUGUUAUAUGCUAACGAUACCUCCUUAACGAUCAAUGAAAUCAACUCUAAUAAUAUCAAAUGGACCCAAAAGGAAGAGUACACCCACUAUAUCUUCUGUUUCUUCAGUGUUGCUCCAGAAUAUAAUUUGGAGAAGUUUGAGGUUCUGGCUACCUAUCAAAUCGAUCUCAAAAACAAGCAUGGCAUUCUUCGAUGUGACGCUUUCGAUCAUGAUUUGAAGAUAACCACUAGCAACGUAAUUACAUUGGGUAACCAAAAUAUAUCUCAUUAUAUCUCCGAAAUGACAGUUUCCGUAGACGCAAUGAUAUCUUGCGAUGAAUAUGCUGUGAAAGAUAGAAUCUUAGCCUCCUUCGUCGACAGCAUGGAGAAUGGUAAUUUUCAUUUCGAUAUCGAAAUAAACGAUAUACUUCUAUGCAAUUUUUCCAAUCUUGCUCUAGUUGAUAUUAUUGUGUAUUGGUAUCCGAAAAUAGCAGCUCAAAGAAUUGAAGAAAUAGAAGAAGAAUACACAACGUUGAAUUCUGUAAUUCAAAAGAUUUCAGAAAAUGGUAAAAUGAAUCAUUUGAACAUUUCAACGACGAAAUUUUUGCGACACUCCAGUUAUUGCAUGGAAGAAACAACGCCAAUAGGAAAUUUUUCCUUCGUUUGGCCCACAACUCCUUCAGAUUCCAGUGCUGCUUCAUCGCCAUUUUGUUAUAAAAAUAAUGGUAUGCAACUUGUACGAAGGCCUUGCUACAAGGAACAUUUGGGAUCUUAUUGGUUGUCAGAUAUUGAGUACUGUAAACCAGUUGCAAACUUGACACAACUACUUCAAGAAAUAUAUCUAGGCGUCAAAUUAUCUAAAUCGGGUAUCCUCCACAAUCUCAACAUGGCCAUACUACAAUAUAACGAAAGUUUCCACGUACAAGAUGUCAAUUUAUUAUCAAAAAUUGUUGGACGAUUGGAUGGAGUUUCUUCGGAAUUAGGAAGAGGCUUGAAAAAUUUAUCCUUAUUGAUAAAUAAUUUGGGAUUCAUAAGGAAUGAGGUACUGAAAGUCUCCCAAGAAAUAUAUCAGACCACUGAUUCCAUCAUGAAUUCUUCAGACGCCCUUUACCUCAACACCAGGGGAGGCCAAAGUCUGACAGAGUCAAAUCAUUGUUACUACACCAUCAAUUUCACUGAAUAUUCGACUGCUACCGGGAUCAUUUUGAGGAUUUCUGGCAACAUUCAUGAAAUAAACCUUCUGAAAUCCAACACACCUCAAUUGGAAUUGACUCAAGACGAUGAGUUCGAAGCUGCCAUAUUUUUCGAUGAUGAUUUUUGGAGCCUUCUUAGCUUGAAUGAGAAUAUGACCACAGUUAAAUUCUCCAUUUUCUUUGAAAAUUAUCUGUUCGAUGUUGACCAUCCUCUUGUUACUACAAAAGCUAUCUUCAAAGUGUUAGUCCCCGAUGAAAUGAAGCAGCAGGUGUUCACUACUUUUCUGGUUAUAAAAACUCAAACAGGAGGAGAAAUUUGUUCUUGCUGGAAGUAUGCGAAUUCAAAUGAAAACACUUUCGAAAGUAAAUGGUAUAGAACUCCAAAGUUCGAAAUUGGUUCGUACAGUUUCUGCUUGUUCAAAUCUCAAUCUUAUUGUACAAUUUUCAUGACAGAUUCUGAAGAUUCAGAUGGAUAUGUUGCAGGAUUUCUUGCCGAAUAUGUUCCUCUACACGAUUUAUAUUCCAUUCGUUCAUUCUUGUCUAUAUGUUCAAUUUUCGAGCAUUAUUAUCACAUGAAUCGUACCACAUAUGAUAUCAAAUCCGUUCAAAGCCUACCAAAUAAUUUAAUCCAAAUUGUGGUAGUUUGGAUGCCGGAACUUCCUGCUAGAACUAUACCUGAAAUAGAGAAAGAGUACGACGAUUUGAAACAAUAUAUUCAAGAAUCUUCGAAUAAUGUUCCGAAAAACGGAAUCACCAGGUGGAUGUAUUUAGAAUAUUUUCGUAACAGAAGGUAUUGCUUGAGAGAAUCAGUGGUUCACCACGAUUCUACUUUCUCAUUCAGAACUACAACUUUGAAUGAUUCUGCAUCUCCCAAACCUUCGUGUCUCAGAGAUAGUAGGAUGGUUCAGAGAAAAUGUAAAGGAAAUUAUAGUUUAGGAGCUUUUUGGGAUAAGUUUGACCCAAAUGUAUGCGUUUCUUGUUCUUCUUACAUCACGAAAAGCCUUGCCUAUCUUUUAGAGCAUUUUUCGGCCGAUGACACUAAUAAAGUAUUGAAUGAUUUAGAACAAAUAACGGAGGAGGCAAUAUCAGACUUCGAUCCAAUUGAUUUUUAUCUCUUGUCUGAAAUAUUUUUCCUAAUAAGUAACUCGACAACAAUCUCAUAUAAUCUCGAUAUACAAAGUGUGACAGCAGUCACAAGCAAUAUCCAGGAGAUGAAUAAAGAUGUUCUGAGAAACGCACAACUACAGUUCAAUGCCACAGACAACAUUUUGGCGUCAUUGGAUAGAAUUCUUCUAAAGUCUAAUGUCACAUUACAUAAAAUGAGUCGCUUUGCCACACUGGAGUUUAAGUUGAAUAGAUCAGAGGGAUUGAUACUACAACGUGAUGGAAACGAUUAUAAUAUUUCUGUUAUUUAUGGAGCCAUGAAUAAUCCUUAUUUGUUGGAGGCUUACGAAAAUUUUGAAGGGGCUGUUUUCUUCAACGAUUUCGCUGACAAUGAUUCAGUGAUUGUUUCGAUAUUUUUCGAAGAUGUACUUUUUGUUGAUUCGAAGUGGAGACAUCGUGUAUCCUUGAUUUUUGGUAUACUACUACCUAACACCAACAAAAUGUGUGGAACUAUAGAAUUAGUCUUCAAAAAUGAGGAAGGAAAAGAAAGAGCUUGCGCCUACUGGAAGUAUGGAGUGGAAAACAGUGUAAACAUUAGUGGGAGAUGGAAGAAUGAAAGUGAACCUAACGACAAACUACAGUUUUCAACCUGUAUAUUCAAUCACACAACUCACUUCGCGAUGCUGAUAAAUGAUGACAGUAGCGACCCCUUAUAUCUAGAAAUAGUAACGAAUAUCGGUUGUUUUCUAUCCAUAAUAGGACUCCUAGGGAUUCUGAUCACUGGGCUCAUCUUCGAAAGAUGGAGAAAAAAUUUGGGUAACAUAAUUUUGAUGAAUUUCGUCUUUACAGUUGCCAUUCAGAUAUGUCUCUAUUAUUUAUCCGGAUACAUCCAUGAGGUCAUUAGUGAAAGUGACUCUUGCAUCCUUAUUGGUGCUCUGCUUCAUUACGCCGUCAUCUCAGAGUUUUGUUGGAUGCUGAUUAUAGCAAUCCUUCAGUUCAAACGAUUCGUGCAGGUAUUGACGAGACCUCCGAAAUAUGUACUGUUUAAAUCAUUCCUGAUUGGUUGGGGCUUUCCUCUGGUCCCUGUGUUGUGUGUGUUACUGAUAGAUUCAGCAAAUUAUACUUCUUCAAUGACCGGUCUAUGUUAUCCCUCGAAAAUUGGUUUAUACUUUGGAGUUUGGCUACCGAUACUUGUCAUAACAUUUAUUAAUUUUGUUAUUUUCUCGUAUAUUAUGUAUAGUAUAUGUAACAGAAAAACUGAAUGUGUGGACACAGUUAGUAACGAAGUAAUUUUCCAAUGGAGAUUAGCCGUUUUGUUGUUUUUCAUGUUAGGUUUGACUUGGAGCUUCGCAAUUGCCAGUGAAUUCAUGCUUAGGGAGAUAUUUGCUUAUCUCUUUUGUAUCACAUCCACUUUGCAAGGCUUCAUUAUGUUUCUCUUCUUCAUAGUUUUCAACGAAAGGACAAGAAUACUUUAUUCUGUAUUGUUUUCGAGAAUUUUUAAGAAGUAAAAUUUUUAUGUAUAGUAGGUUUAAAAUUGAUUAUUUAUUCAGCUUUCAUGGCUCAACCUGGAUCAUACUUUAUGUGUGUGGUUUCGCUGAACCUCUUGUGAUAUAUAAUUAUGAAUUCAUUAUAAAUAAAUAUUGGUUGAAAUUAA